AUGGAGGAGGAACGCGAAGCUUUGGAGGCCGUCUACGACACCGACUUUGAGGCCGACGGGUCCACUUGGCGAGUGCGGCUACCGGAGCUUAAUGCGGUACUGAUCCUUCGCUUGGGAGGUGGAUAUCCGGAGUCUCAGCCGCCAUCGCCAUCCCUGGAAUUCGAUCCCUGGCCGAAGGGUGGCGAUGCUUUCGCACGGCGAGUGACGCAGGACUUGUUGGGCCAAUUUGAGCCUGGGAGUGGCUGUGUGAUCCAAUGGGUUGAGUUCGUGAAGGAGGCCUGGGCCACAAGUCCUCCGGAUGCUGUGGCGGCUAUCGAAACAGAGGCGCCAGCGGAGGUGGUGGAAACAGAGGCCAAGCCCAGCAGCGUCGCCCUGACGCCAGAGCUGGCCAAAGCCGUAGGCCCAUCUUUGCUGAGCGCUGGCUUCACGGAAUGGAGCCCGGGGCUCUUCGCCCACAGCGACAAGGGUGUCACUGCAGAGGUGCGCGAGGACCUCACCAUCACCGUUGACGGCGUGGACGCCGAGGACCUUGUGGACUGGGCUGGUAUGCAGUUGUCGGCAGACCCUGCCAGUUUCGGAGCGCGACUCUUGGAGUGGGUGACAGCUCAGCGCUCGCCCGAACCGGGCUUCUUGGACGACGAGGCAGAGGGCUCUGGGGGCCCCGACUUCUUGCCGAGCCCAGAAGAGCUCGGUGUCAAGAAGGAACGAGAUCUGCUGGUACUGACUUGGGGCAAAGCCUUGCGAAAGUCAGCUCCGCCCGAAAGUGAGCACAACUUCAAUGCUGGCAUCCUCAAUGGCAGGGGAGGAGGUGCAGAUUUGAAGUCCAUGAACGGGCUUUGGGAUGAAGUGCAGAGCAAUGUGGCCUCCUGUGGCCUCUUCCCACGCUGGAUCUCAAUGGUGUGCGCGAAGGUGGAGCACUCCAACCUGAGCUGCAUUUCCAUCAACUGCACGAAGGGCAAAGACUUCCGACCGGAUGCCGCGACUUUCGGUGCCCUCAUCAACGGUACUGGAGCGCAGAGCGCAACCGGAUUGCAUCACAAUGCCUGCAUCUCAGGCCUCCAACCUGCCAAAGAGCUGUGUGAUGAAGUGGGAGUGGACUACGUAGCGGGCUCGGCGGGCCGUGAAAUCCAGCCACCUGUCGAAACCAAGGACAGCCUCAUUCGGUCGAACCUGAUCAACCGGGAGGUGAAGCGUGCAGAUGGCCAGCUGCCGGGGUAUGUGGUGAAGCGCAGUGGGGAGAAGCAGGAGGUGAAGUUCGAUGCCAUCACACAGCGUCUCCGGCCAUUGUGCGAAGGUCUUGAUGGCAAGUUCGUCGACCCAGUGGUUGUGACUCAGAAGGUGAUCGAAGGCUUUUUCCCAGGCAUCUCCACGGGGGAGGUAGAUGUUCUAGCAGCUGAGACGUGCGCCUACAUGUCCCAGAAGCACCCAGACUUCUCCGUUUUGGCUGCGCGAAUUGCCAUCUCCAACCUGCACAAAAACACCUCCGACUCCUUCUACGAGACUUGCAAGGUGUUGCAUGAGUUCCGUGACCAGCAGGGCCGAUCUGCUUCGCUGCUGGCAGCGGAUGUAUGGGAGUUUAUCGCAGAGAAUGCCGAGGCUUUGGACCAAGCUGUUGAUUACAAGCGGGACCUCGGCUACGACUACUUCGGCUUCAAGACGCUUGAGAAGUCCUACCUUCUGAAAGUCCACAACAAGAUCGUAGAGCGCCCACAGCACCUGAUCAUGCGGGCUGCCUGUGGCAUUCAUUGCGGUGAUCUCCAGGCUGCGCUGGAGACCUACGAUCUCAUGUCAAGGAGAUUCUUCACCCAUGCAACUCCGACCUUGUUCAAUGCGGGCACUCCGGCACCCCAGAUGUCGUCGUGCUUCUUGCUGAAAAUGCAAGGAGAUAGCAUCGAGGGAAUCUACGACACGCUAAAGCAAUGUGCUUUAAUCUCCAAGUCUGCCGGUGGAAUCGGCGUGGCAGUUUCCAACAUCCGCGCCAGUGGUUCCUACAUCCGCGGCACCAACGGCCACAGCAACGGACUAGUCCCCAUGCUGCGCAACUUCAACGAAACCGCCCGAUACGUGGACCAGGGUGGAGGCAAGAGGAAGGGAUCUUUCGCCAUGUACCUGGAGCCCUGGCACGCAGAUGUCCUGGACUUCUUGGAGCUCCGAAAGAACCACGGAAAGGAGGAGCAGCGUGCACGUGAUCUUUUCUAUGGGCUUUGGAUCCCGGAUCUCUUCAUGAAGCGCGUGAAGGACAAUCAAGACUGGACUCUUUUCUGUCCCAACGAGGCUUUCGACAAGUCUACCGGGAAGGGCCUCAUGGAUGUGUGGGGCGAGGAGUUUGAGAUUAUGUACACGCGCCUGGAGCAGGAGGGUAAAGGCAGGAAAACCAUGAAGGCUCAGCACCUGUGGUUUCGAAUCCUCGAGUCACAAAUGGAGACGGGCACGCCAUAUAUGCUCUACAAGGACCAUGCGAACCGCAAGUCCAAUCAGCAGAAUCUCGGCACCAUCCAUUGCUCGAACCUCUGCACAGAGAUCAUCGAGUACACCUCAGAGGACGAAAUUGCCGUGUGCAACCUGGCUUCCAUCUCGCUUCCCAGCUUCGCAAGCUCCGAUGGUGAGCCAUAUGACUUUCAAAAGCUUUAUGAAGUCACCAAAGUUGUGACGAAGAACCUGAACAAGGUCAUUGAUCGCAACUAUUACCCUGUCCCGGCUGCCAGGAAGUCCAACAUGCGCCACCGUCCGGUUGGACUGGGGGUGCAGGGACUCGCCGAUGCUUUCCUGAUGAUGAAGCUACCCUUCGAAAGUGAGGAGGCCAAGCGACUGAAUGAGGACAUCUUCGAGACCAUCUACUUCGCCGCUUGCGAGGCGUCCUGCGAGCUGGCAGAGAGGCUUGGCCCCUAUGAGACCUACGAAGGCAGUCCCGUGAGCAAGGGCAUCCUCCAGUUUGACAUGUGGCAGAAGACCCCGAACUCGCUCCUGGUCGCGCCAAUGCCUACGGCGAGCACAGCACAGAUCUUGGGGAACAAUGAGUCCUUCGAGCCGUACACGCAGAACCUCUACGUGCGCCGAGUGCUCUCGGGGGAGUUCGUGCAGGUCAACAGGCACCUUCUCCGUGACCUCAUCGCGCGCGACCUGUGGAGCGAGGAGCUGCGGCUCAAGCUCAUCGCCUACAAUGGGAGUGUCCAGGCACUUAAUCUCCCCGACGACAUCAAGGAGCUCUAUAAGACCGUGUGGGAGAUCCGACAGCGGGUGGUCUUGGACAUGGCGGCCGAUCGUGGAGCCUACAUCGACCAAUCGCAGCAUUUCCAUGGAUGGAACCUCGGGCUCAAGACGGGCCUUUAUUACCUCAGGACGAAGGCUGCAGCGGAUGCAAUCAAGUUUACAGUGGAUGUGGAUACACUGUCCGAACAAUUCCGACGCUUCUCUCGUUUUGCUGAGAGAAGCGCACGGGCGAAGCAUUACGUUCCCUGGUAUCGGAGGCCAGGUUUGGGGUUGCAAAGCUUCUGA